AUGUCACUUACCAGGUAUUUGAAGAAAAGGAAAGCAAUUUUAAAAAGCGGAAAUUCUAUAGCUUCUCUUACAGUCGGUAACAAGAAAAAUAGACAAAUUUUCAAUGAUGAACAAGAAGUUAUUUUAGUGAAUUAUCUCAUCAAAUGUUGUCAAAUUUAUCAUGGGUUGACACCAAAAGAUGUUAGAAGAGUGGCACAUGACUGUGCAUGUAAACACAAUAUUCCAAUGCCAAAAUCAUGGCAUGACAACAAAGAAGCUGGUGUGGACUGGCUAAAUGCUUUUUUAAAACGUAAUGGGAAAAAAAUAUCAAUAUGUCCAGAAGCAACAAGUUUAAGCAGAGCAACUUCAUUUAAUAAAACAAAUGUAAACAAUUUUUUCUUGAAGUUAGCAGAGGUAAUGGAUAAACACAAGUUUCCUCCUUUUUGCAUCUGGAAUGUUGAUGAAGUAGGUGUAACAACUGUCCAAAAACCAAGAAAAGUUUUAGCUCUAAAAGGCUCAAAACAAGUUGGCUCCGUAACAUUAGCUGAAAGAGGAACGCUUGUUACAGUUUGUGUAGCAGCAAAUGCUGUCGCAAACUCAGUUCCUUGCAUGUUUGUCUUUCCGCGGAUUAAAUAUAGAGACUACUUUGUUCGUGAUGGGCCUCCAGGAUGCAUAGGUGCUGGAAAUUCGUCUGGCUGGAUGACAGGAACGGAAUUUAAUAUUUUCAUAGAACAUUUUAUAUAUCACGUAAAGCCGUCUCCUUCUGAUCCAGUGCUUCUAUUACUUGACAAUCACGUUUCACACUUGGACAUUGAAGUAAUAGAAAAAGCAAAGAAUAACAAUGUGAUAUUGUUGUCUUUUCUGCUUCAUUGUUCCCACAAGCUCCAGCCAAUGGAUGUUGGUGUUUACGGACCUUUUAAAAAUUAUUGUGCUAGUCAACAAGAUGCUUGGUUAAGAAACAAUCCUGGAAAAACGAUGACUGUGCAUGAUAUUCUAUUCAUAGUUAAAAACGCUUUGCCUCAGGCAUUGAAUCCAAAUAAUAUUAUUAAUGGAUUUAAAAAAACCGGCAUUUCACCAUAUAACAAACAUAUUUUUCAAGAAACUGACUUCCUGCCUGCAUUUGUCACCGAUAGACCACUUAAUGAACAAGAAAAUCUACAAAGUGUUCAGAAUAAUGAUAUUAGUAUCAAUUACCCGACCAAAGACACUUCUGAAUCAGGAAAUCAAUUACCAGAAAAUGGAAAUUCUGUUUAUGACAAUCCAGUUCCAGGUCCUAGCGGUUUGAAUACAAAUUCAAAUCAGAUUCAAAUAUUUUCGCCAGAGACAAUCAGGCCGUUACCAAAAGCAGCUCCCAGAACAAAGAAGAUUACACGUAAGACUCGUAAAUCAGCAAUAUUAACAGAUACGCCUGAAAAGAAUGCGUUAGCCGAAGAACAGAAAAAUAAAAAUAAAAAAAAUGAAAAAAACCUGCCAAAGAUAAAGGAAAAAAGAAAUCAAUUAAAAGAAAAAUUUUGCAAGACUCUGAAGAUGAAUAUAAUAAAGAAGAAUAUUUUUGUCUGA